GCCGAGCACUUCCUGGUCUAUUCUGACCAAUCAGGUGCCAGAAAUAUAGUGACGUCACCACUGUUUUUCCGGUCGCACAUUACAGAGCAGGAGCAGCUCAGCCAACUGCGGCAGUGCCUGCUGGAAUACAUACAAGUCCAGCCACAGCAUGAGGCAUGGAGGGUCAGGAUGUAACCAAAGUGGUCCUACUGGCUUGUGGGUCCUUCAACCCCAUCACAAACAUGCACCUGAGGAUGUUUGAACUGGCUCGAGACCAGCUGGAAGACACAAGUCAGUACAGGGUGGUGAAAGGUAUCAUCUCUCCUGUGGGUGACGGCUAUAAGAAGAAGGGUUUGAUUGAGGCCUGCCAUCGGCUGGAGAUGGCCAGACUGGCCACAGAGGAUUCGGACUGGAUCACUGUAGACGCCUGGGAGGGUUUGCAGCCAGACUGGGUGGAGACAGCUAAAGUUGUUCGGCAUCACAAUGAUGAAAUGCAUGCAGCAGAGCAGAACAGUGAUGAUGUGGACACAGUCAAAUUCCCAAAAAAGAGACGCAGAGAGGAGAAUCAAUUUGAGGGUUCAUCUUGUUACAAAAGGAGAGAUGUCUCUCAGCUGAUGCUGCUCUGUGGUGCGGAUGUCCUAGAGUCCUUUGGGGUUCCGAAUCUGUGGAAGCAGGAUGACAUCACUGAGAUUUUAGGCCACGGUUUGGUUUGCAUCACUCGCUCUGGCAACGACCCCUACAAGUUCAUCCACCAAUCAGACGCCCUGUGGAAGCACCGCAAGAACAUCCAUGUGGUCCGAGAGUGGGUGACCAAUGAGAUCUCAGCAACUCACGUUCGCCGGGCCUUGCGUCGAGGUCGGAGUGUCAGGUACCUCCUGCCUGACAAAGUGGUUCACUACAUACGAGAGAACGACCUCUACAGUGCUGAGAGCGAGCAGAAUAAUGCAGAUGUGGUUCUAGCACCAUUUCAGAGAUACACAGGUGCCUCCUCUACGAGACCAGUCCGACCCGUCUGUCUAUCCUUCCACACCCUUGCAAUGAUGGGAUCACCUCCCUCAGCCUUACACAGUCAUCAGGUGACAGCGAAUGAGACAGCUAUCAACAUGCUAGCCAACUUCCGUGGUACAUGGGACCCCAUCAGCACUGCCAACCUUGAUGGCUACAUGAUUGCUCUGGGAAUCAGUCUUCCCCUGCGAAAGAUCGUUCUAAUGCUGAAGCUGAGGAAGGUGAUUGAACAGCAAGGGGACCAGUUCAUCAUCAAAACAACCAGCACCUUCCGAAACUACAACAUCUCCUUCAGAGUGGGUCAGGAGUUUGAAGAGUUUACCAAGGGACUGGACAACAGACAUGUCAAGUCACUGGUGAAAUGGGAAGGGAGUAAACUGGUGUGUGAGCAGGUUGGAGAGAAGAAGGUCCGAGGCUGGGCUCACUGGAUUGAAGAGGAAAAGCUUCAUGUGGAGAUGUACUGUGAGGGAGAAGUCUGCAAGCAGGUUUUCAAGAGGAACGUGAAUGAGUGAAGGAUGACAGCAGUCUGUGGAGAAGUUUUUAUUUGAUGGAACACAUCAUGUGUAACUACAAUCAAAACCCUGAACAAGAUUACCACACUUCUUUGGUAUCUUGACUUCUAAUGGCUGUGCUCUCAGGGUUUGUAUUUAAACCACAAGGGGGCAUCAGUGCUCUGCUUUUGUCUUAUACUGGGCUACACUUUUUUGUAGCUCAGAGGUGCUUGGCAAAAAAAUAUACUGAACAUCUAGCCAAAUUUUGGUGCCUGUCAGCUGGCUGAACAGGCUGUCUCUUCAAAUCGCUGUCUCUUCAAAUCGCUGUUUCAAAGGAUGAAUUUGAGUCACCAAAUGUUCUGUGCACUGGCUUGUGCUCUCCAUUUGACAUUUGGUUGAGCUGUGUAUAGAAAAUGAAAUAUAUCAUUCAUGUAAAAAUGAUAUACAACUGUACCUCAGAAGAAGUGUGGUAUGCUUGGAAAAGAGUUUUAUAUGAAUUUUUAUAAUAAAAUGGCUUUUGAGAAAGUA